AGUAUUCAGGCUGAUAGUCAGUUUUGGUUAGAUUUGUUCGACUAGUAGAAGCAGAAGGCAGAAUAUCCAGUCUUACACCUGUGGUUAUAAAUCUGAUGCUGUCGGUCAAACCUGACGUUGUCCUCCUUUGAAGCUCUUAGUCGACUUCUUGGUCCGUUCAGGUCCGGUACAGAGAGGACGUGGGCCGAGGCACCGCCGUCACGGACACGCCUGAGAUGGAACGAGUCCGACGCAACCAGGAGAACAUCAGCUCAGUUAAAUACAAGCAGAGCGCGGCGAAGGCCACCAGCGUCAGCCUGACUCCUGAACUGGAGAGAAUCCGGCAGAACCAGGAUAACAUCAGCUCGGUGAAAUACCAACGCGGGCUGCAGGAGAUCAGGGGGCGGAGCUGCACCGAGCUGGACACGCCCGAGUACAGGCGUGUGCGCAAGUCUCAGGACUUCGUCUCUACGGUAGCAGCCCGGUUGCCGUGGCCCCCGCCAGGGCUGUGGGAGGAGCUAACACGAGUGAUGUGGCACCGUGGUUUGGACCGCAGCACUGGUACUAACAUCACAUGACGGCGUGGGGAACAGAGACAUGUGUUCACCCGAGGUCCACGUUAACUCCUGGGGCAGAUUUAGCUCGUCUAGAGUGAGGUCAUUAUUGGCGUGUGCAGCGCUGUAAUGCAGUUAAUACAACACUGCAUUAACCCUCUGUUGUCCCGCCCAGAGAGGCCCUUACUGACCAAUGACAGCGCGUUAUCUGCACAGCGCUGUAGUAAUGUCAAUAUAUUCUUCAUACAGUUUCUUACACUUUUUUUUUACACUUUAAAUGAUGAAAUUAU